CAUCAUACCAAAGUUUUACUCGUGAAAUCUUGCAUAAUACAGUCUCAAAGAUAAUUCCGUCUAUUAAACAAAACCAAACUACAAAUAAUAAUAAUUCAACACCAAUUCUAACUAAUCAAGUAGCUGGUCCAAUUAAACAAAGAACACCUACCUUCAAUAAUAAUGAAACUGAUUCUCCUAGUAUUCAGAUCAUUGAAGAGGAUCAAGAAACUCAACCUUAUAUAAAUUCUAAUUUAGCUUAUGAUAUGCCUCGAGUUUCAAUAGAAAAUUGCAAUAAUUGUAAAGUAGAAAUUAAAUUUACUUUUCAAAAAUAA